AGCAGCAUUGGUCUUCGUUCCUCCUUUAAAACCAACCAAGUGUUUUGCUCCUUCUCGCUGAAUCAACCGCAGAGGCUCAAAAGAUGAUCCGAGUUUCGGCAAUGGUGGCACAUUUCUGAUUCUGUAGCUUCAAUCGCAUCACAGAUCCGCCAUUACUACGCCCCGGUGAAAAUUGUGAAGUUGUUGAAAGGAUAAUAUAAUUUUCUUUGGGAAAUAUGGCUUUAGGAAAGUACUCUAGGGUUGAUGGUCGGAAAUCAUCACCAAACUAUUGUUCAACAGUGAGUAUAGUGAUUUUUGUGGCAUUAUGCUUGGUUGGGGUGUGGAUGAUGACAUCAUCAUCCAUUGUACCUGUACAAAAUUCAGAUGCAUCUUCACAACAGCAAGAGAGCAAGAGUGACUUGAAAGAACAGGUAAAUGAGAGUGAUACUGGCAGCAAGGAAAAAAACAAUGCUAGUGAUGAAAGUAGUGAAACUAGUGCUGGGAAAUCAAAACAGUUUGAGGAUGCUCCUGGAGAUCUACCUGACGAAGCAACUAAACAGGAUGUUGCAACUCCAGAAGAAAAGAAUUCUGGUUCCCAAGAUAUCGGGAAAACUGCAGAAGAAAAUCAGAAACUAUAUACAGAAGAGAAACCUGGUGAAAACAAAGAUGAACCACAGUCUGAAGAUGAAUCCAAGAGUCAGACUGAAAAUGGAGAAGAAAAGAAAGAAAAUGGAGAGUUGAACCCUGAUGAUAAGAAGUCUGAAGAAGGGGGGAGCACUGAAAGCAAAUCUGCGGGAGAAGGCUCUGAUGUGAACACGUCUGAUGUAGUUGAUGCUGAGAAAACCACAGAAGAAAGCACCGGUGAGAGAAAAGAAGGUGACAAAGAAGAUAGUAAAAUAGAUGAUAAGGAAGACAAAAAGGAUCAGGAUGCUUCUGAUGAGAAAAAGGAAUCUUCAAAUGAAGUUUUUCCUUCAGGAUCUCAGUCUGAGCUUCUGAAUGAAACUACGACACAGAAUGGGGCAUUUUCAACUCAGGCAACAGAAUCAAAGAAUGAAAAGGAGAUUCAAAAGUCUUCUGGAUUGGAUAAGGAGAAAUGGAAUAGUUGGAAGCUCUGCAAUGUCACUGCUGGCCCCGAUUACAUCCCUUGUCUUGACAAUCUGGAUGCCAUUAAGCAUCUCAGAAGUACUAAGCAUUAUGAGCACAGGGAGAGACACUGUCCUGAAAGUUCUCCAACUUGCCUUGUUCCACUUCCAGAAGGAUAUAAACGCCCAAUUGAGUGGCCUACAAGCCGGGAAAAGAUAUGGUACCAUAAUGUUCCACACACAAAGCUUGCAGAGGUUAAGGGACAUCAAAAUUGGGUUAAAUUUAGUGGUGAAUACCUUAUCUUCCCUGGCGGUGGAACCCAGUUUAAGCAUGGUGCUCUAAAUUAUAUUGAUUUCCUACAACAGUCUCUGCCUGACAUUGCAUGGGGAAAACGUACUCGUGUAAUAUUAGAUGUUGGUUGUGGGGUUGCCAGCUUUGGAGGCUUUCUUUUUGAAAGAGAUGUAUUAGCUAUGUCAUUUGCUCCAAAAGACGAACAUGAAGCUCAGGUUCAGUUUGCACUUGAAAGAGGAAUUCCUGCUAUAUCUGCUGUCAUGGGUACCAAAAGACUUCCCUACCCCAGUGGAGUCUUUGAUAUUGUACAUUGUGCACGGUGUAGGGUUCCCUGGCAUAUCGAAGGUGGUAAGCUGCUCUUGGAACUUAACCGUGUUCUCCGUCCUGGUGGGUACUUUGUAUGGUCUGCCACUCCUGUCUACCAGAAGCUUCAGGAAGAUGUUGAAAUCUGGGAAGCCAUGAAGAAAUUAACCAAAAAAAUGUGCUGGAAAAUGGUUAAAGUCAACAAGGACAGUUUGAAUGGAGUAGGCGCUGCCUUUUUUCGCAAGCCUAUUUCAAAUGAGUGCUAUGAGCAGAGGUCGGAAGAUGAUCCUCCACUCUGCAUUGACUCUGACGAUCCUAAUGCAGCCUGGAAUGUGCCCUUACAAUCUUGCAUGCACAAAGUUCCCACAGCUGAAUCAAAAAGAGGAUCUCAAUGGCCUGAAAUGUGGCCUGCUAGGCUUGCAAAAUCACCAUAUUGGCUACUGAGUUCCCAGACAGGAGUUUAUGGAAAGCCAGCUCCUGAAGAUUUUGCUGCAGAUCACAAACAUUGGACACGAGUUGUGACCAAGUCAUACAUGAGUGCCAUCAAUUGGUCUACUGUGCGGAAUGUCAUGGACAUGAAUGCUGUGUAUGGUGGAUUUGCAGCUGCCCUGAAAGAUUUGAAAAUUUGGGUUAUGAACAUUGUUUCAAUUGAUUCUGCUGAUACCUUACCUAUAAUAUAUGAGAGGGGUCUUUUCGGAAUGUACCAUGAUUGGUGUGAAUCAUUCAACACUUACCCUCGAUCUUAUGAUCUUCUCCAUGCCGAUCAUCUCUUCUCCAAGAUAAAGAUAAAGUGUAGCUUGAUGGGGUUGGUCGCGGAGGUGGAUCGGAUAUUAAGACCGGAAGGGAAGAUCAUAGUGCGCGACCGCGUCGACAUAAUUAGUGAACUGGAAAACAUUUUCAAGUCGAUGCAUUAUGAGGUUAGGAUGACAUAUUCCAAGGACAAAGAAGGUUUGCUGUGUGUGCAGAAGACAAUGUGGCGCCCCGAGGGUUACGAGACACUUGUUUACGCCAUUGCUUAAUAGCAUGUUCAUCAUCGAACGUCGUUAUUCAUUUCUUUUCUGCCAGGUGUAUCUUCAUCUGCUAGCAAUAUCUAGGGCGCUUUUGAUUCAUUGGGUUGUUUAGGUUUGGUGUCACGAUUUUGUUCUUUCUGUUUGUAACAUCAUUNCGUGUCUCUCUGCUGCGAUCUAAAAUAUGUAAUUUUUUGUGUGCACUAACUUGUGCAGGUGUAGCUUGAUGGGGUUGGUCGCGGAGGUGGAUCGGAUAUUAAGACCGGAAGGGAAGAUCAUAGUGCGCGACCGCGUCGACAUAAUUAGUGAACUGGAAAACAUUUUCAAGUCGAUGCAUUAUGAGGUUAGGAUGACAUAUUCCAAGGACAAAGAAGGUUUGCUGUGUGUGCAGAAGACAAUGUGGCGCCCCGAGGGUUACGAGACACUUGUUUACGCCAUU